GCCAGACCUGUGGUCAGGUAGAGUGCAUUGGAAAAACAAUAAACAAAAAACACUUUUACUACCCAAAUGGGUACUUGGGCCAUAAAAGGUGGCUCUGGGCCCUAAUUUUCAGGCCUUGUCUGAUAGAAUGGGGAUUAGGGAACUUAAAAAGAUGGGUAGUUUCUCUUUGGACCCUAAAAAGGUGGCUUUUCAGCUUAAAGUGAAACUGGGGCCUGAAAAUUAGACAUUACACUCUGGAAAUGAUCAGGCUGGGCUGUAGAGCUGUUAUCAACCUAUAUCAGAGCUGAGAGUAUAAGCAAAGUAACAGCAGCUACUGGUCCAAAAUGGAGACUCAGGGCAGGAGUUUGGUCACCAAGACCUGCGGGUUCAAACAAGCAAAAGACUCACAAUCACAGAGAGAGGCUUGAGACCUGAAAACAAAGUUUGGAAUCUGGAAAUGAGGCAUUGGAAAUGCCAUGGAAAAGAAAGAGCUUUAUGAGCCUGGAAAUGGGGCAUCUGGACCCUAAAAUAGGCCUUAUGGCACCGAAAAGGAUAAUUUGUAACCGAAAUGGAGGAUUUGGGUCCCGAAGAGCAGAGUCUGGGAACUAAGAGUUCCGCACGGAGGAGGGAUGGGGCCUCCGUGCCGCCGGAGGGCGCUCCACAGCCCCGCCUGUCUCCGCGCGCAGCUUCGUUGCUACGGGGAGGAGCCGAAAACAAACGGCAGCGCGCGGAAGGGCGGCAUGGCGGCUGGCGGCGCGGAAGAUCCAUCCCUAGAGAGACAUUUCAGAGGCCACAGAGAUGCCAUCACUAGUGUGGACUUCAGUCUCAAUAAGAAACAAUUGGCAAGUGGCUCAAUGGAUUCAUGCCUGAUGAUCUGGAGUAUGAGACCUCAGAUGAGAGCCUAUCGCCUUGAGGGCCAUAAAGAUGCAGUGAUGUGUGUUCAGUUUUCCCCUUCUGGCCACCUUGUAGCUUCAGGCUCCAGAGACAAAACAGUCUGCUUAUGGAUUCCAAGUGUCAAAGGAGAAUCUACUGUGUUCAAGGCUCACACAGCAACUGUGAGAAGCGUUCAUUUCUCCAGUGACAGCCAGUCCUUAGUUACAGCUUCUGAUGACAAAACAAUCAAAGUGUGGACAGUUCACAGGCAGAAGUUUUUGUUCUCACUCAGUCAACACAUAAAUUGGGUGCGUUGUGCCAGAUUCUCUCCUGAUGGACGAUUAAUAGCAUCAGCCAGUGAUGAUAAAACUGUCAAACUGUGGGAUAAAACUAGCAGAGAAUGUAUACAUUCCUUCUGUGAGCAUGGGGGGUUUGCGAAUCAUGUGGAGUUUCAUCCUGGUGGUACAUGCAUUGCUGCAGCUGGCACAGAUAACACUGUGAAGGUGUGGGAUGUUAGGAUGAACAGACUCCUCCAACAUUAUCAAGUGCACACAGCUGCAGUAAACAGUCUUUCCUUUCACCCCUCUGGAAAUUACCUGAUUACUGCUUCCAAUGAUUCAACUCUCAAAAUUCUGGACUUGCUCGAAGGAAGGCUUUUGUAUACUCUUCAUGGUCAUCAGGGUCCAGCCACCUGCAUAGCAUUCUCCAGAACAGGAGACUUUUUUGCCUCUGGAGGAGCUGAUGAGCAGGUGAUGGUAUGGAAGACUAAUUUCAGUGCAGCAGAUUACAGUGAAGUUCUGAAAACACACAAGUCUGGUGCUAAUGUGGAUGGGACCCAUCGCAAUCUGCCAUCCGAGAUGGAUUGUGGUGUUCAUCUUAAGAAAACAAAAUCUCCAGAUACUGGUAGGAGCCAUGAACGGCGAGAGGAUGAUGUCCAGCUUGCAGAUACCUUGGAGCAUAUUAUAGGACAACUGGAUGUUCUGACUCAGAGAAGUACAUGACCAAAAAGAAGUCAAGGAUGAUGCACUGGAGAACCCAACAGGUGUGGAAGAAUGGCUGAUUUAGGGGUAUGAAGCAUUGUAGGACCACAGACUGUCUAAAAUAGAGUGAAAACCAAAAGAAAUUCAUUUGGCAGAAGUGCAAGAAGGCAGUUUUCUGUAGUUUUUAAAAUCUUUAGAACACUGGAGGGGAAAAAAAAAACACUUCUGUGACAUUGGUUCUGCAUUUUUAUGAUGAAGAUACAACCUAGUGUAUACAUAAAAUACUUUUCUGUUUUUGUCUCUGUAAUUGGUUUGUGAUAUUUAUCUUUAAUUACACAAAUCAAAUCUAUAGUUCUGAUGAAGCAUGUGUAAUGUCGUCUUUUCAACUUCAUAGGUACUUAGAGGAGGCAAAUAUUGCAGUAAACAGUAUGUGUGGGGUUUAAACUAGAUAAAAGCAAUGCAAACAUCUCUUCAAGUCAUUGCAUAACUGAAAAAAGAUAAUUUAAAUGUUAUUUAAAACCUAGCAAAAAAGAGAGUGAAAUAGAGAUCACUGGGGGAGGAAUAAAUUAGUAGGUUUUAGGAUAAAAUUGUAACUAGCCCUAAAAUAGUGUUUGAAAAAAAAUGCAAACCAAACAAAAAAAGUAGAAGCUGCUUUGAGUAACUGUAUUCAGCAGCCUUUCAGCUGUAGCCUUUAUUUUUGCCAUCUGUGCAGUAUUUUAUUUUCCUUUGGUUCUAGUCUGUUGUAUUUUGUUUUAACAGUGUGCAUAUGCACAAGUAAAUGUACAUGUUGUUCAAGUGGUUUCAUAAUUCAUUUUAAUUUUAACUUUGUAAUAUUUAGAAGUGAAACAAGUCUACACAAAACCAUCAAGCAAUGCAAAUGAAUGUGGAAGUAUCCCUUAUGUUUAGAGGAGAUUCCUGAAGGAGGAGGGGCACAGGUGCAGUUAGCAAUGCAAAGAAACAGAAGGUAACAAAAAGGGGCCUGCUUGUUUAGCUGCACAUUUUUUUUCUUCUUAUAGGCAUACUGUGUGGAUGAGUUAUAACAGAGAAGGGAGUACAGAUUCAUCAGAGGCACCUUUAUCGCCUCUUUCAAUCUUUGAUCACCUGGUCAACACCAGUUAGAUGUUGUCCAGGUGGAACCACAACAUGCUGGUUGCUAGCUGAGAUCUGAGUGAAGAGGAAACAGCAGCUGGUGAUAACUGGCUGAUUGUUUUUCUUGGCUGCUCCUCCCAGAACAUAACAGGGCAUUGCUUCCUGCACAUCACAGGCUCAAGCUAAUGUCACAAAUUUUUUGCAAAGCUCCACCAACUCUGGAGUUUGUGACUUCUUUCUGUGAAAGGACACCACUGCUUCAUUUAAAAAAAAAAAAAAAAAAGUUUUCACAAAUAAACAACAAAAUGUCUCUAUGAAGAUAUAAGACAUCACAAGCUUCAUCAUUUUUCUCUCUUCAAGAAAGGUGCAGACUAUACCAGUAGUCUCCCAAUGUUCUGUUAAAAGUCAUUGCUACGUAAUUCCUGUGUAUUGAUCACUUAAAGACAACACUAACAGCAUAUGUGGGUUGAUUUUAAGCUGUUUUCUUAGCUGAAGAGAAAGGACAGGGACACCUCACCUGCACCCCAAAAAUAUUUCUGAAAAUUUUCUAUUGAUAUAGCUAUCCAUGAGUUUACUAAGAAUUUUUAAUUUGCUGGUGGUGUGGGAGCUUGGGUACGUUUCAGUUGUGGCACCUUGAGUUCCUGCUGUCCUUGUGCUUGUCAUAUUUUCCAACGCUGUAUCAAUAUAACAUGGAGGAAACAUGAAGUUGUGAUAAACUAUUCUGCAAAGUUAUGCAAAUGUAAAAUUAAUCUGUUGAGUCUAUCAUUUUUGUAGCAUUUCCUUAGCUAUAAUUUCAAGGUUUAUUGUGGUAAACAUUUUGUAACAUGAAAGAGGGAGAGAGAAAACAUACUGGUGGUUUUUAUUUGAAAAUUUUCUUCUGAAAGUGGUAAAGAAAGAAAUCAUCUGAACGCUGUCGUGUCUUGCUGACACUCAGCUUUGUUCUGCACUGCACACUUGAAGCUGCGUUGUCUACUGCUCAUCCAUUACCAACACCUGCUAAUAGAUUUCUGGAUGGAGUGUCAUGCACUUGGAGGUAGCAGGAUUGGUUUUGUUCUAUUAAGAGGUAUCUUCCUGCCAGCCACC